AUGUUGUCCAGGAUAGAGCUAAGGAAUUGCAGUUUCAGUGGACCAUUACCAAAUUCAAUGACAAACCUUACUCAGCUUCGUUAUUUGGACUUGUCAUCCAACGGGUUUGAGGGUUCAAUCCCAUCGUUUAACCGGUCCAGGAAUCUCACUCACAUAGACCUUUCUCGUAAUGACUUAAGAGAACCAAUCCCUUCCUCUUUUGUUGAAGGUCUUCUCAAUCUUGUAUACGUGGACUUGAGAUUCAAUUCAUUAAACGGAACGAUUCCAUCAUCUCUGUUCAAUCUCCCAUCAUUGCAGAAACUUCAGCUUUCCAACAACCAUUUUGAUGGUCAACUAACUGAUUUUCUCACUGCAUCUCAGUUGGACACAGUAGAUUUGAGUAGCAACAAUUUAAAUGGACCUAUUCCCCUAUCCUUAUUUGAUCUCAAAAGGCUUAAUAUCCUCUCACUGUCAUCCAACAACUUCACCGGCAUUGUACUGCUUGAAAUGAUUCAGAGGCUCAGUAAUCUCACUAAGCUCGAUCUGUCAUACAACAGCUUGUCAAUUAAUGCAAGUGGAAGCAAUUCUAACUUCUUUCCCAACCUCACCACGUUGAAUUUGGCCUCUUGCAAUCUCCAAGGGUUUCCUAACCUAAAGAACCAAUCAAGGCUGUUCCACUUAGACCUCUCUAACAACCAAAUUGGAGGUGAAAUACCAAACUGGAUCUGGGAAGUUGGCAAUGGAAGCCUUGUUUAUUUGAAUCUUUCUCGUAACCUCUUAGUGGGCCUGCAAGAACCUUUUGUUAUUCCUAGUCUCAGUGUCCUUGACCUACAUUCCAACAACCUCGGGGGGAAAAUCCCGAUACCACAAGCGUCUGUCUAUGUGGAUUACUCUAGCAAUGAUUUCAAUUCUUCAAUCCCUGCCGACAUUGGCAAUAACCUCACCUGGGCUUACUUCUUUUCUGUUUCAAAUAAUAACAUCACCGGCAACCAAUUUUCAACUUUUGAGAAUACUUCCUUUAAGGGAAACAUGGGAUUAUGCGGGUUUCCAUUGACCAGUGAUGUUGAGGACAAUCAUUCAUAUCCCGAGACUGAGAUUAACCCGAAUUGGAGAGCUGAUGAAUCAAACAGGCAUUCUGAUACCAAGACUCAGAUUAACGGGAAUUUGAUAGCUGUUGAAUGUGGAUUCAUUACGGGCUUGGGAAUUGUUGUGGGACCACUUUUGUUUUGUAAAAGAUGGAGAGAAUGGUACUACAAGUACGUUGACCGUAUUGUUUUCAAGAUUCUCCAUCGGCAAGAGCAAGGGAGAAAAAACCGCGGAAGAAGACCCCGGAGAAAUCCAAUUCGAAGACAUAAGGGGUGAUGAAGUGAAGCACAGCAAGUAGGGCACUUGGCUUGAUUUGCUUCAACUGAAAGCAAAAUCAGGCAAGAGAUGUGUCUAUGCUUACUCUAGUAGCAGGUCACUGCAUGAAAGUAUUGAACCAUGAAAGUCGAAUUUCUGAAUAAAUAAAAGCAGC